ACCACUCGUUCCUCGUUCCCUGAUCGCGCCGUCCACACAUCAGCACCUCCUUCAGCGGCAGCAUCUGUUCGUGUGCGCGCCGUCUAUGCCGAGAGCGCACACAGCGAGGCCGGCGCGAGAGUCCCACAGGUGUUUUCCCGAUGGCGCGGACGCUCCUGUAGAAAGUCCCCACCGUGGGAACGAGACCACCACUCCACCGAAUUCUCGUCAACCACCGGGGCGCGACCGAACUGACCGGCCAGGAGGUCCCGUCCCCCAGAGACGUGGGGCACCCAAGACAGAGGGGACUCGAGUCCACACCCCGCACAGCUCACGCCGCCACCCCCGACACGAGCCAUGAGACCGUCGGAAAACCUCCUCCACCCCAACUGCUCCUCCCCGACACUCCUUCCACUCGGCAACUCGUCGAGCUUCGGCCAAGAGGCGGACGCCCACGACGACAUGCUGGUGACGUCCAUCAUGUGCGCCGUCAUGUCGCUGAUGUUCGUCGUCGGCGUGGCGGGCAACGUGUACACGCUCGUGGUCAUGUGCCAGUCGAUGCGCUCGUCUGCCUCCAUGUACGUGUACAUCGUGAACCUGGCGCUGGCCGAUCUGCUCUACCUCUCCUCCAUCCCGUUCGUGGUGUGCACGAACUUCGCCAGCGACUGGUACUUCGGCGACCUGGGCUGCCGCUUGUUGUUCAGCCUCGACCUGCUCACGAUGCACGCGAGCAUCUUCAUCCUGGCCGUGAUGAGCACGGAGCGCUACGUGGCGGUGGUGCGCCCCCUCGACACGGUCCGCCGCUCGCGCAGAUAUCGCAAGGCGCUGGCGCUCGGCGUGUGGGUCGUCUCGCUGCUGCUCGCACUGCCCAUGAUCAUCAUGAUGGAGCUGUGCAGAGUGUACAAGACCAACGGCGAGGUGCACUACCUGUGCGUGCCCUCCUGGCGCAUGAGCUCCCUCAAGAUCUACCUGACCGUGCUGUUCGUCACCAGCAUCCUGGCGCCGGGCCUCAUCAUCGGCUCGCUGUACGUGCGGCUCGCGCGCACCUACUGGCUUUCCCAGACCUCCGCCAUGGCCACCAAGGACACCAAACGCUCGCCCAACCAGAAGGUGCUCUACCUCAUCUUCAGCAUCGUGCUCGCUUUCUGGGCCUGCUUCCUGCCGUUCUGGACCUGGCAGCUGGUGAGUGUCUACCACCCGGGCAUGGCCCAAUGGAGCGAGGCGUUUGUCAAAUACAUGAACCUCGUGGCCACGUGCCUCACCUACAGCAACAGCUGCAUCAACCCGUUCCUCUACACGCUGCUGACCAAGAACUACCAGGAGUAUCUGCGCAACAAGCACGGACGCGCCGCCGCCACCGCCGGCGGCGUCGGGGUCUGGGCCGCGACCGGCGCCGGCUCGGGGGCCGUCCCCGCGUGCGGGGCCCACGGAUCGGAGCGACGGCAAUGGCGGUCGGGGCGCAUGCAUGGCGCCUCGCAGCGCUCCAUCUCGUCCGUCAGCCAGCCCUUCACCGAGACCAUGAUGGUCACGGGGCUGCGCGAGCACCACGAGCCGGCCGUGUAGACACAACGGAGAGAGAGCGCGGGGUGCCGUUGAUAUGCGGCUGCGGGGAGCUCUGGGUGAGAGGAUGAAGGCAUGCAGUGUAGCCACAGUAAAACGAUAGAUAUUCGUUUUGUGGAAGGGCUCCUAAUAAUGUGUUCAGGGCCUGCGCUGUGUGAUAUUAAUGGCUGUGGAAGAGCUCUAGACGGGGUGUAGAUCUGCCACGCAGAUUAUUUUUCUAAUCGAGAACCAUGCGCACAAAAACGUCGCAACCGAUUGCUAAUGUUCAUUGAACGUCAUCGUUAGUUAUGCACGUCCAAAACAGCAAACAACUGUUAGCAGAAACUCGUACUAAUGCUGAAAGCCGUCAUCGUGAAGGGAUAAAGCAGGGGGUAACGUGUUCCAGAUUGUUGUAGUGCGGAGAGUCCAAGCACUUUGUGUGGUAGCAGGGUCAGCCGGGAAACUAAUUUCACGCGGCGAGAUGAAGCGCGGCUGAUGCACACGGGUGCGUCGACAGACGCGUGGGUUAUCGUGAACGACUCGGGAAGAGCUUGAAGAGUGCAAUGAGUGGAAGGUACCGAUGGAAGGCAGCGGAGCGAUGACGACGAGAAAGAGAGAGACACAAGAGAAGCAGAGGCAAACGGAAACACAUACAUCAUAAAAAAACAAACUAAAUAGGAUUUCAUUUCUGAAAACCGUUUCCCAAUAUAUCUAGCGACAGGGCCCUGAAGGCUGCGAUUAUGGGGCAGCUUCUGACGAUGCUGUAGAAGAGCUCCGUGUGUUAAGGUCACGGACUGAUCGACGAAUCAUUAAACAUGUCACACUGAGUUCCUCCUGCUUCUUAUGCUGGCCAGGAACUCCCUAGAGUUACUGCCAUCUGCAUAUAUAAUGAUGCAUCGAUGCAUCAUCAUAUAUGCACGGAACUUGCAUCGAAUCAUGCAUGCGAGCUUCGAUAAAAAAAAUAGUAUGAAUACGUUGUGUAUAAUUGGUUUAGGUAAAGCCAUGCGCCAGCUGAGGCACUAACUUCAGAACCUUUGCAAAAAAAACCGUACUUUCUUUUCAACUGAAUUGCUAUCCUGAAUUGUGAAAAGUCACCAAAUCUUUAUUUUGCUCACUGCAAACUCAAAACACAUGUACACUCUCACCAGAGUGAAUAUCAGCAAAAAUGUCCCAGAUAAUAAUCUUGAGUAAUGAAUGCCCAAAUGUUAUUCUACGUGAAGGUUCAGAUGGGUUUCGCCUCUGGUGGCUGUGAAUUGUGGAGACCAGAUUGGUUUAAACCACGAAUGGCAUUGCUUGACGACACUAACCAGGUAAAGGUGCAACCCUGCAAUUUCCUGGUCAAGCCACCGCUUGCACAAGGGCCCCCUGCGAGUGGGAAUUCUGGAGAGGUGAUUUGGCGCAUGUUUCCAUUCAAGCUAAAUAUGUUGGGCGAGGUGGGCAUUACCCACGACCCCACCACACCCGAUCUGCCGAUCGACUGUAGUUGCAUCCAUUCAUACCGCUGGGAGGGGGUGGGGAGCAGAGGUGGUGAUGGGGGAUUUUAUACAUUUGUAGUGGGCUAAUUCGGAGACACUAGUAGGAGGCACUCUCUCUUGUUCAUUCUGGACUUCACAGCCUUAGGGGAUAACUACACACUGGGUUGGGACAGCCAACAUGCUGCCAGACCCACGGCAGCACGACGAGUUCCACCCCAGAUGGCAGCAGCCCCGACUGUGAGUCGGAGCUCGUCUUUUAUCCUGCCCAGCGUGGCCAGGCUCCGCCCUCGGCCACGCCCCCUUCUGGAUCCCCCAGAAGGCUCGGCGCUUGGCCCACGGGUCCAACUGGUAGAGCGGGCUGCUACCUCCAAUCCCAUUGGCUACCAAUCUCCCAGCACCACGUGCUACAGUGACUCAUUCAAUGUCACUAUACAUUUGCACCGUUGCUUCAACUGCUGGCCAAAGGAACAAAUCAAACCUUCUUGGUUCUUUCGGUAAAGUCGCGUAGAAGGGAAAUAAUAAAA